GCAAACAUUACGGCUCCUGAAGAGUUAGCUAACCUCUUUAGCCACGAGUUGUACCUUUAUAGUUCUGGGUCAUUUACAAGUAAGUUAUGGGGUAGUGUGUACGUAUAUGCUACAUUUAAAACAGUAGUUUGUUUGUUAUUUUACUGAUAAUUUUGUAAACUCGGUUGUUGUCGAGCUUGUAGGUAGAGUUGUAAUGUGCUUAGCAAGCAAGCAUCACAGUUAGCAAAUACUAGCUGGAUAUAAGAAGAAGUGGUGGUGACUUUUAUUGGAAUAUAUGUGGUGAGGAAGCAGCGUUUGAAUGAGUACUUUGCUGUGUGUUCCUGGUUUGUAAAGUCGGAUAUUAAUGCGUCGAAAUGAUGAUGUAACUAACUAUACAUAUCACGUAAAACAAACCAUAACGUAUCGGUUGUUGCAUAACUAUUGAUCGUGUAGUUCUCGGUUAGUAUUGAAUUCAAGCCAUCGUAUCACUGGUACUACUCAAAAUGUCCUCCCCAGGCCUUUGUGUUGCUGCUAGAGUUGUAGCUUUUUGGGGGGGGCUUUCACUGCAUGUUUCUUUGUAGCGUUCACGGUGGUUUUGUAGCUUAAAACUGCAGGAUCUUCAGCCCUCGCAUAUCCCUAAAGGCCAUAUAAAGUGUGGCUUUAGCUGCAGAUUGGCUGUUGGUUGCUGCAGCUGGUUGAAGCUGUUUCCAUAAGAGAGCCAACUUCCUGGUUAACUCUAACUUUGCUCUCACAGAAACAUCCACAACCAUGCCUAGACGAAGUGGUCGCUUGCAGAACAGAUUUGAAAACGCUCCAGGGCAGAAAGGCAAAGUAACUAAGCAAAGCAACAGAAAAAAGAUCCAGCCCCCGUCAAAGCUGCAGUGUGAGAAGAAUUAUACAGUACUUGAGUGUGUAGCUGAGCCUUGUGUUCUCAUCAAAGCUGCUGUGAAGGGAGUCGACUGUGAGGCAGUUCUCACUUCCACAUAUACACUUGUUCAGCCGUCCCCUCUGCCUCCUCUUGGAUGGGGAUCUCCUGAAGAUGUGUGGGUGAAGAUGGUGGGCAGGGAGCAGAAUUACAGACACAGCAAGAGCUUCAUGCAGAAACACCCCGCAUUACAACCCAGAAUGAGAUCGAUACUCCUUGACUGGUUAAUUGAGGUGAGUGAGGCCUACAUUCUCCACAGGCAGACGUUCUACCUGGCUCAGGAUUACUUUGACCGCUUCAUGUUGACGCAGGAGAACAUUGAGAAGAACAUGCUGCAGCUCAUCGGGAUAACCUGUCUGUUUAUAGCAUCCAAGAUGGAGGAAGCCUGUCCCCCCAAGCUCUCACAGAUGGCCUAUGUGACUGCAGGGACUUACUAUGAAGAGGAGAUCCUGCAGAUGGAGCUCAUCAUUUUGAAGGCACUGAGGUGGAACCUGUGUCCUGAAACAGCCGUCUCCUGGCUGAAGCUUUACUUCCAGAUGGCAUCGAUGACCACAAACUCUGACCUGCUGGAGUCGCAGUUUCCACAGGAGGCUUACGUGCAAAUGACACGGCUUUUAGACUUGUGUAUGCUCAACAUAAACUCUCUGGACUUUGAGUAUCGAGUGUUGGCUGCCUCGGUGCUGAGCCAUUUCAUUAAUCAAGAAACAGUGGAGAAAGUUUCAGGUCUGUGUACACACUCCCUGCAGCAGUGUGUGAGCUGGAUGGCCCCCUCUGUGGAGGCAGUUGGCUUUUGUGGCACAGCGGCACUGAGAGACUUUGUAAGAAUAAAGAAAGAAGACAGACACAACAUCCAGACGCACCUGGACUACAUGACCAUGCUGCAGGGCGUCAGUCAGAACGAAGUGAACGGCCAGUUCCUCACUCCUCCCAGCAGCACGGAGAAAAGCUGCUCAUACUGAAGCUUAAGAGGAAGACUCUGAAGAGUGUGAUUGAACAGGACACGGGGUUCAGGUCCCAACAAGAAAAGCUCGAGUGUACUGGAAACUGCUCCAAACCAGAGGCGGGAACAGACUGUAAACUGCAACACUGAUGGUUUACUUCCCCCUGCGGACGGGAAAUGUGCCACUGAAUGCAUUAUCCAGGGUCAUAUCUUUCUAAAUAUUGGCCAAAGCUUUUUUUUUAUGAUUGAUUUUAGCAACUGGGUGCCUUAAUUCAGAAAAUAAAUGUUUUCAGAGUGGAAUUGUCAUUUCUAGGAAAUGAAAGUGUGCAAUUGUUUACUUUUGUAGCAUAUGAAAUAUGUUGAUGUCAACAGAUACAUCUUUGAAACACUGCUCCAGGGUCAGAUAAAAUGUGAAAUAGUUUGUAAAAUGGAUUGAAACUGUUAAUGCCACAGCUAAUGUGUAAACAUGAUUUUUCAGUAUAGCUUGUUUCCUUUGAGGAAAGCUCCAGCUGAUUAAAGAACAUAUUCUUGCUGUUGUAAACAAGCCAUUGUUUGUGUAACUCAGGGCAAUUUAUUUUCUUAUUCUGAUUUUAAAUGAUUGCAAGUGUACAAAUGAACUGUAUUUAUUUUAGAAGUUUAUUUUACCACAAAAUAAAAAAUAUACAAUC